CAUCUUCAGAUAGAACACGUUAAUCAAUGGUAGGUAUGAGGAAUGUCGUAGACAUUUUGACAUUGUGCUAAGGCCUUUUAUAGCUAUGUGUCUAAACUUGUAUUUUCUGUUGCAGAUCGAGGAGGGUGACUCAGGGCAGGUGGAGGAUCGCGGCGGUGGUCUCGCGAACAACCAACAACACCAACAGCAGCAGCAAGCAGUUGGGCCCCCGAAAAGGAGCGGCUCUUGCUACGCUGGUUUCGGAGCGGACAGUUUAAGCAACGACGUCACAGCAAACAACACAGCCAUGACGGCCUCAGGCGGUGCGAACGGAGCCAACAAUGAUGUCACCACGGUAUCGGUGACAGGAGCGUACGACAACAAAGCAUUCAAAGGCGAUGGCACUGUGGGCGGCGGAGGGGGCGACGGCCCGAUCAAACCGCCCCGCGAAAUUUCCGACGAGGAAGCCUUCCAACAGGGCAAGUUCAAAAUGUCCACCAAAGAGAAAUGGAGGAUACUCAAGAACGUAUCCGCCAUCUCAUGUGCCUUCAUGAUACAGUUCACAGCCUUCCAGGGCACAGCCAACCUUCAAAGUAGUAUAAAUGCCAAAGACGGUCUUGGCACGGUUUCGUUGAGUGCCAUCUACGCAGCCCUGGUGCUCAGUUGUAUAUUCGUACCUACGUUCCUUAUCAAAAAGCUCACCGUCAAAUGGACGUUAUGCAUAUCGCUGAUGUGCUAUGCACCCUAUAUUGGGGCGCAAUUUUACCCAAAGUUCUACACGCUGGUACCCGCUGGCGUAGUUCUGGGCAUAGGCGCAGCGCCUAUGUGGGCGUCCAAGGCAACAUACCUCACUCAAGUUGCAGGCGUAUAUGCUAAGCUGACAGAUCAAGCUGUGGAUGGAAUCAUCGUAAGAUUCUUCGGAUUCUUCUUUCUCGCCUGGCAGACGGCAGAAUUGUGGGGAAACCUUGUCUCAUCCUUAGUCUUAAGUAACCCCCACGGUGGCGGAGGACACAGUGCCAACCAGACCAACUACGACUUGUGUGGUGCUAACUUCUGUGUGAGUACAAUCAACAACAACGAAAACCUGGAAAGGCCUGACGAUAAGGAGAUCUACGAAAUAUCUACCAUCUACUUAGCCUGCAUUGUCACUGCUGUUAUCAUUGUUGCGGUUGUCGUUGAUCCUUUGACUAGGUAUGGAGAGAAGCAAGGCAGGCGAAGCAGUCAGCCCGAACUAACUCCCAUCCAGCUGCUGUCAGCCACAGCAUACCAACUCAAGAAACCUUACCAGCAACUACUUAUUCCAAUGACAGUAUGGAUAGGCAUGGAACAGGCCUUUAUUGGUGCUGACUUUACUCAAGCGUAUGUGUCUUGUGCUUUAGGAAUCCCAUCUGUAGGAUAUGUGAUGAUCUGUUUCGGCUGCGUGAACGCUGUAUGCAGUUUGCUGUUCGGCAGUAUCAUGAAAUACAUCGGAAGGGCGCCAAUUAUGGGUCUUGGUGUGCUGGUCCACACUGGUCUUCAGACGUGGAUGCUGCUUUGGAGGCCACAUCCUGAUACGCCCUUCAAAUUCUUUAUGGCGGCUGGCCUCUGGGGGGUUGGAGAUGCUGUAUGGCAGACGCAAGUUAAUGGUUUAUACGGUACCCUCUUCCGACGUAACAAAGAAGCUGCUUUCUCCAACUACCGUCUAUGGGAAUCGGUAGGCUUCGUGAUUGCUUACGCAUACUCUACACAUCUCUGUGCCAGAAUGAAGCUCUACGUACAGCUAACCAUGCUGGUGGGUGGUUUCCUACUCUACGUUUCCGUGGAGAUCCACCAUCUGCACAAGAUCCGCAGGCAAAAGGAGAAGGAGAAGCUGGCGGCAGAACAGGCCAAGCAGAACCAACUGGACAAGGAGCGACAGCAGCAGCAAGAACUAGAGGAAACAGACGACGAGAAGGAUGAUAUUGAUGACGAGAUUAUUGUUACGCAUCUUUAAGGAGGACUAUAUAAUGGAAAGACAUUCCAAGUGACUUACCUACACACUGGAUGUGCUGUGUUCAAGAUCGCGGACGGGACCAGUGCAUACUCAAACGCCUACGACAUUUUUUCUGUACGAAAGAAGAAAUGCUGUAGCACAUUAAAAUCAGUAUUUUGCCCUUAUUACAUAAGCAUUCUGGAGUCAUAAAUCAUUUGUACAUAAUAUAGUAGGCCUUAACUUCAUUCAUAAUAGAAUAGCACCUUCGAUGACCUUCAAAUUUAUUAAAGCUUGAAAGGUCUUGAAAGGUACAGGUAUGAUCAGCAGUGUCACCAUAUAAGGCAGGACUCGUGAUUGUUUAGUGGUUUCACUGAAAUUUUAUGUGUUGUACACACAGACAUUCACUAACGUUUUGGAUGAUAAAGAUGAAAAAAUGACUGUGUGUGUCUCUCACGUUUUCUUUUAGAUCUAGAAGCAAGCUUCUAUAACGAUCGGGGUUGUGGACGCAUACCAAAGUACUUAAUUGGUCUCGACUGGUUUUUCAGAACGCCUGUUGAAAUUUUUGUAAAUUUUAGCAUAGAUUUCAGCAAUCAAAACGUUGUGAAGCAACCAAACAAUGCAUUUUUAUGUACAAUCAUUGAACAAAUACGAAACAUUAAUACUUUUAUGUGAGUUGUUCAUUUGCCUGUAAGAGCAUGUUCCUUAUAAAAGAAUCGGUAUAACAAAAAACUAAAGAGUGAUGAAAUUUUGUGAUAACGUACAAAUGAUAGCAAACAGUUGUCUGAACGAUCGAACGUUUUGGAGAUUCAAAUUGUUUUUUAUGUAACCAGCAUUGAUCACGAAAUUAUAAGAACAGUACUAAAACAUCUGUUAUUUCAUGUUUAAGCAAAUUUCAAACACUGCGGUGAAAAUUAAACUGAGCUUCUUUCAUACCUUAGAAAUUCGUAGUGCCAUGAGUUUAGUUUGGUAAAAAAUAUUUAUAGUUAAGCCCUGCAUUUUUCGAUGAAAUUUAACAUUAUGGGUGGUUAUCUGAAGAUUUGGCGUUCCCUUUAUAAGGAACAUUUAGUUUCUAGCUUAUAGAUUAAAUUGACUAUACCUAGUUGAAUUGACUCAUAGUUUGAAGCGAUGCAAAUGUCGAAGUUGUAAGGAUGAUGUCUGAAAAUAAUAGUGGUUUCUUCGCUGAUGAAUCAACUUCGGUGUUUAACCAGUAAUGGUUGUAAAUAAUAAAAUAUCACUAUCAGUAAAUAGAUCUCAGCACAACUUGAUCUAAACAUAUUGUUUAUUGCUUAUGGGAAAGUUGACGUAUACCCACAAGCUGCCGGUGCAUUACUAAUGCAAUUUUUCUUUCUCUCGUGCACUUGCCUUCAGUAAAUAUUGGAAUUCCAGAUGCUUCGUUUAAAACAUUACAUUUGUAACUAAUUCCAGGUUAUUCUAAGAUCCUUAAAUAACUGUGAUUGUCAUAUAUUCGAUUAUAAUGUGAAAAAUAAAUAGUUAGUUGUUUUUUGUGAUGAAAUCUUCUUCUUGUUAUCGAAAAAUGUAUGAAAGACCUAAAUGUAGAGUAAGCAUAAGCAGUUGUAUGUUGGUUUCUCAAAAUUUGGUUGUUGUCUUGAAAGUAUACGAAAGUGAGAAUAUAAACACAAAAUGUCUAUUGUAGUACAAUUUUGUGUUUCUCGUUUUCUCGUUUUUAUUGUGAAAAGCUAACUUUCAAAUACACUGCUUAAUAUAUAUCUUUUGUUAUUACCUAUUGUUAGUAGUUUGUAUUAUAUCAAGCUUUAUCAUUACGAUUGAAGCAUUUUUAACAUCUACUUCUCUUGUUAACUAGGAUCCUUGACUAUUAUCUAUACGGGGUCCUUCUUUUGAGAAUCACUUUAUGUUAUUUAUGUUAUUUUAUUUUAUGAUAUUUUUAGAUGAACUUGUACAGUAAUUAUAAAUGUUAAGGUAUAACUUAGUUUUAUUGUAUAUUACAUUAUUCAACUGUAAAUUCAUUCUCAGUAUUUAGUGCGAAAUACUGUAGGAAAAUAAAAGUCAUUCAAAUUAUUAGGUG